AUGGUGCGGUUCGGCCAUCGAGACAUGACGGCGUCGGGGCGGUACCCGCCGCAGCCGAAGUUUCAACCGUUCGCGUUUUACUCGGCGGUGCGCCUGGGGGACUUGGAGCAGCUGAAACUGAUCGCGAGCACGGAUCCGUACUUUUUGACGCAAGACAACGGCGCGGGGGCGCCGAUUCACUUCGCGGUGACGUACAAGCAGUUGGACAUGAUUCACUGGUUGAUUCGCGAGGUGCCGGAGUGCGUCAAUCUGCGCGACUCGAAGGGGUUCACGCCGUUGCACCGCGCGGCGUAUCUCGCGCAGUUCGACGGGUACUUGGAGAUUUUUGAGUACUUGCUGAGCGAGGGCGCGGAUCCGGCGAUCGAGUGCGAGGAUUACGAUCCGUAUUUGAAUCCGGGGCGGAAGACGCCCGCGCGGUUGGUCGACAAGGACGUCGAGGUGCGCGAGCGAAUCGAGGAGUUGAUCGAAAAGUACGCGCACGUCGAGAAGCGCGCGGAACCGCACCCGGCGCUGAGCGAUUGGUGGGCGCUGUACGAUUACGGCUUGGACGAA